AUGCCUCACAGGCUCACACUCCUCUGCAACAAUCCCAACACACAGAACUUGAUUAGUUCAUUCACAUCCAUAGCCAUAAUGAUGAUGAUGAUGAUGAUGAACAAUCUCUUACAAACCCUAAUCAUCGCCCUUAUUGCAGCACUGAUCAUAUCCAUCUCAGAUGCUUCUUCAGCUUCUUCAUCAUCAUCAUCAUCAUCUGCAGAAAACGACAUUGCAGGGUUCGAAACGACGAAAGAGGAAGAAGAAGCUUUAAACAACGUUGGAGUGAGGCGAUUCCUUGUUCAGCGGAAGAAUAUGGGAGGAAGCUCUUACUAUAAUUACAACAUGAAUUGCGACAAAUUUCCCAGAGUUUGUCGUUUAAAGGGAAAAUAUGAUAAUGGAGGGCCAGAUUGCUGCAAGAACAAGUGUGUGAAUUUGAAGAGUGAUAAGAUGAACUGUGGGAUGUGUGGGAGAAAGUGCAAGUACAAUGAGAUUUGUUGUAAGGGAAAGUGUGUGAAUGCUUCAUUCGACAGAAGAAACUGUGGAGGAUGCAAUAAGAAGUGCAACAAGGGAGAGUUCUGCGUUUAUGGAAUGUGCAACUACGCAUAA